UCUCCUUACCAUCUGCCACCAUAAUUAAUAAUCACUCACACUCCCUCUUAUAAAUUCCCAUACAUUCUCUUCCAAAUUCCAAACACCUCUUUGCAAUCUAGUGUCACCGAAAAAUACAAACAAAACAAGAAACUAGACAUUAUGAGUUUCGAAAGUAAGAGUCACCAGCUUUUGUCCAAGAUUGCUACCAACAACAAACAUGGUGAAAAUUCACCUUAUUUUGAUGGUUGGAAGGCUUAUGAAUCAAACCCAUUUCAUCCCACAAAAAAUCCUCAGGGUGUUAUCCAAAUGGGUCUUGCUGAAAAUCAGCUUUGCUUUGAUCUGAUUGAAGAGUGGAUAAGGAAUAAUCCAAAGGCUUCAAUUUGCACUCCAGAAGGAGUGAAUCAAUUCAGACAUAUUGCUAACUUUCAGGACUAUCAUGGAUUGCCAGAAUUCAGAAAUGCUGUGGCAAAUUUUAUGUCAAAAGUGAGAGGUGGUAGGGUAAGAUUUGAUCCUGACCGUAUAUUGAUGAGUGGUGGAGCAACAGGGGCAAAUGAGUUAAUCAUGUUCUGUUUGGCUGAUCCUGGUGAUGCUUUUUUGGUUCCUAGCCCUUAUUAUCCAGCAUUUGUCCGUGACUUAUGUUGGAGAACUGGUAUGCAAUUAAUUCCUGUCCAAUGUGAUAGCUCCAACAACUUCAAGAUCACAAGAGAAGCACUUGAAGAAGCUUAUGAGAAAGCAAAAUCAGAAAAAAUCAAUGUGAAAGGUUUAAUCAUAACAAAUCCAUCAAACCCUUUAGGAACAACAAUUGAAAAAGAAAGACUAAAGAGCAUAGUGAAUUUCAUCAAUGAAAAAAACAUUCAUUUAGUUUGUGAUGAAAUCUAUGCUGGCACAGUUUUCACCACUCCGAAUUUCACAAGUGUUUCAGAAGUUUUACAAGAAAUUGAACACUGCAAAAAAGACCUCAUUCACAUUAUCUAUAGUUUAUCCAAAGACAUGGGUCUUCCAGGUUUUCGUGUCGGUUUAGUUUAUUCAUACAACGACGAAGUUGUGAAUUGUGGUAGAAAAAUGUCGAGUUUCGGAUUAGUCUCGUCGCAGACGCAACAUUUCCUAGCUUCAAUGCUUUCGGACAACAUGUUUGUGGAGAAUUUUUUGGCAGAGAGUUCAAGAAGGUUGAAAGAGAGGCGUGAAUUUUUCACAAAGGGACUUGAAAAAGUGAACAUUACUUGUUUACCAAGUAAUGCAGGGCUUUUCUUUUGGAUGAAUUUGAAGAGUUUGUUGAAAGAAAAAACAUUUGAAGGUGAAAUGAUGUUGUGGCGUUUGAUUAUUAAUGAAGUGAAGCUUAAUGUGUCACCAGGGUCAUCUUUUAAUUGCUCUGAGCCAGGUUGGUAUAGAGUUUGUUUUGCUAACAUGGAUGAUGAAACUGUUGAAAUUGCAUUGAUGAGAAUUAGAGCAUUUGUUGGAAGACAAAAGGGUAAAACAGUUGAAAUCAAACGUUGGAAUAGUAAUUUAAGGCUUAGCUUUUCAUCAAGAAGGUUUGAAGAGAAUGUUAUGUCCCCUCAUAUGAUGUCUCCUCAUUCACCAAUGCCUCAUUCACCACUAGUUCGAGCAACUUAAUUUCACAUCAUUUUAUUAUCAUAUAAUAAUUAUAAUUAUAAUAAUAAAUCAUAUAGAUUGUCUGUCUUCUUUAAGUGUUAAUUAAUUAACUAUAUAUAAUUAAUGUCUGAUGUAUAGUUAGAUGAAUUGAGUUCAUUUUCAAUUAAUCUAGCUAUGAUUUUUUAUUUUAUUAAUUUAUGCUUUUGUAGAGUUGUUUCUACAUUUUAAGAUGUUAAAUGUAUGGUUUUCGAUUGUAUGUUGGUGUCCUAUGUAUAUGGAUAGCUAACUCAAUUGUAUUUAGUUAACUAAAAUGAUUUGAGCAAUAUAUAAUACACUGUAUGAUUUCAAAACUUA